AUGGACCUAAGUAAUUCUCAGGAACAGUCAGUGGCUACAGAAGGACAGGAAGUUUUGAAAGACUGUAAUGUGAACAAAUUCCAGGAGAUGGAAAACAUGGAUAGUAGGGAAGAUAUGAAAGAGCACAGUCAACCUCAUGAAGAAACAGGAGAUGACUUGGUUAAAGUGAAGGGUGAAUACAAUGAAAGAGAAGAGAGUGCUUUGAAUUCAGAGCCUAUGGAAAAUACAGAAGAAUCUGAAAUACCUUACAGCUAUCCAAGAGAAUAUAAUGAAUAUGAGAGCAUUAAACUGGAGAGACAUUCUGGUUCAUAUGACAACAUCAGGCCAACUAGUGGAAAGAUGAACUGCGAUGUCUGUGGAUUAGCCUGCAUUAGCCUCAAUGUCUUGAUGGUUCACAAGCGUAGCCACACUGGUGAACGGCCAUUCCAGUGUAAUCAGUGCGGAGCGUCCUUUACUCAGAAGGGUAACCUCCUCCGCCACAUUAAACUACAUACAGGGGAAAAACCUUUUAAAUGUCAUCUUUGCAGCUAUGCCUGCCAAAGGAGAGAUGCACUAACAGGUCACUUAAGGACACAUUCUGUGGAGAAGCCCUACAAAUGUGAGUUUUGUGGAAGGAGUUACAAGCAGAGAAGCUCAUUAGAGGAGCAUAAAGAGCGAUGUCGUACUUACUUGCAGAGCACUGGCAUGUGUGAGGCUGGUAACGUGGAGGCAAGGCACAUCAAAGCAGAGAUGGGGACUGAAAGAGCACUCGUGCUGGACAGGUUAGCGAGCAACGUGGCAAAGCGAAAAAGUUCAAUGCCUCAGAAAUUUAUUGGUGAGAAGCGACAUAGCUUUGACAUUAAUUACAAUUCCAGUUUCUUGUAUGAAAAGGAAAGCGAAAUGAUGCAAGGACGUAUGAUGGACCAGGCCAUAAAUAAUGCGAUCAGCUAUCUUGGAGCAGAAGCACUGCGUCCCCUUGUACAAACCCCACCAGCUCCCACUUCUGAGAUGGUCCCUGUCAUCAGCAGCUUGUAUCCCAUACCACUCACCCGCUCUGAAAUGUCAAAUGGCAAUCCACAAGACACAGAGAAGAGCCAUGCCCACCUUAGAGACAAAAGUUUGUCUUCUGACAGAGGCCUUUCCCCAAACAACAGUGGCCAAGACUCCACAGAUACUGAUAGCAACCAUGAGGAGCGCCAGAGUCACACCUACCAUCAAAACCAAAUGAUCCCCUCCCAGGUCCGCAAUGGCCUCCAAUCUUUGAAGGAGCUCCCAAGGCCAUAUGACAUAAUCAAGCCACCAACCAUAUGCCCACGUGAUGCCUUUAAGGUUAUCAAUAAGGAAGGUGACGUCAUCGGGGUCUACAGAUGUGACCAUUGUCGUGUCUUGUUUUUGGAUUAUGUGAUGUUCACCAUUCAUAUGGGAUGCCACGGAUUCCGUGAUCCUUUCGAAUGCAACAUGUGUGGGUACAGAAGCCAAGACAGAUAUGAGUUCUCCUCACAUAUAGCACGAGGAGAGCACAGAGUGGUCCUGAAGUAA